UCAGACGCCCACGUUUGCUCCCGCAGGAACGUCGCGAGGCCGGCCCCUGGGAGGGGCCCACCAGUUCCAGAAAGUGGCAGAGCUGGUGGCUUGGCCAGCAGGAAGCCAUGCUCGUGACGUGUACCCAGGAACAUGGCCACAGCGCUGUGGGAGCACGCAGGAGCGGGGCUACCUGGGAUAUCAUGUCUCUGUCUGUAAACUCCUUCUAAGGCAAGGACAGUGGGCGGCCCAGAACAGCAUCAGAAAAUAGAUACCUAGAUCUGCCUCAUUUGGGCGAGUCUUUGUCCUCGUACCUGUGUGAUUCUCCGAGCGUCAGUUUUCGGCCUGCCUCUCUUCCUCCGGGUGUGACAGAUUGCCUGACCUCUUGCGGUGCGCUGCAGAGGGAGGUCCUGGAGGAGGCCUGGAGGGUGGGCGGGGCCCGAGGCCGCACAGGACAUGCAGAUGAGGUAGGCGGGGCCCCCACAUAUACCCGUGGGUAGCUGCUGGCGGUUGAGCCGGGUCUCGGCAGAUUUCAGUCAGAGGCAGACUACGGACCCUGCUUCACCGAGCACAGCGGAGCCUGGUCCCCGGCUGUCCCCGGAGCGGGCCAUGCCCCCGCGGGAGCUAAGCGAGGCCGAGUCGUCCCCGCUCCGGGCCCCGACCCCUCCCUCGCGGCGGGGCAGCUUGUCCCCAGAGCUGGGCAUCAAGUGCGUGCUGGUGGGCGACGGCGCCGUGGGCAAGAGCAGCCUUAUUGUCAGCUACACCUGCAAUGGGUACCCCGCGCGCUACCGGCCCACAGCGCUGGACACCUUCUCCGUGCAAGUCCUGGUUGAUGGAGCCCCGGUGCGCAUUGAGCUCUGGGACACAGCGGGACAGGAAGACUUUGAUCGCCUUCGCUCCCUCUGCUACCCGGAUACGGAUGUCUUCCUGGUCUGCUUCAGCGUGGUGCAGCCCAGCUCCUUCCAAAACAUCACAGAGAAAUGGCUGCCAGAGAUCCGCACUCACAACCCCCAGGCGCCCGUGCUGCUGGUGGGCACACAGGCCGACCUGAGGGACGAUGUCAAUGUACUGAUUCAGCUGGACCAGGGAGGCCGGAAAGGCCCCGUGCCUCCACCCCAGGCUCAGGGCCUGGCUGAGAAGAUCCGAGCCUGCUGCUACCUGGAGUGCUCUGCCUUGACGCAGAAGAACUUGAAGGAGGUGUUUGACUCGGCCAUUCUCAGUGCCAUUGAGCACAAAGCCCGGCUGGAGAAGAAACUGAACGCCAAAGGUGUGCGCACCCUCUCCCGCUGCCGCUGGAAGAAGUUCUUCUGCUUUGUUUGAAGAGCUGUGGCAGCAAAAUUAUCAGUAGGCCAAUGGCCACAGACUUCUAGAACCUGGGGCACGGAGCCUUUGAGGGACCUGCUGGCAGGGCCAGGCCACCUCCAUGGGACUCAGUUCCCAUCUGAACACUGUGGCGACACAGCCUGCAACUGCCCACUCUUAUGUGCCAGGGUGAGCCUAGGGCCUGGAGGAGGGACGGCUCUGACUUGGAUUUCUGUGGAUUUCUCUGACUUGGAUUUCUCCAAGUACAGAGAAAUCCCAGUACUUUGAUUUUCAUGGGAUGAUCCUAACGGUGUCAGCUGCCUCCAAGCAGUUUGGGAUCCAAUACCCAGUUUCUUAUCAUGGGCCCUCAGGUCAAUCUGGCCGAAUUAGGACCCCUCCUGGUGGUCCCCACCCGCUCCUUGGCACAGGGGUGAGGAAGAGCCUGGGGAACAGCUGGGCAUCUUGGAGGGCUGGAAGGCGUCCGGCCCUGAAUUGGAGAGAAGUUUAGGAUGGAUUGGGUAAGACAGAGGUCAGUGAGAGAUUGAGAGGGAUCCGAAAGUAAAGGCUUGGAGCCUUGGGACUGGAGGCAGGCUGGGGAGGAGGAGGCAGACGAGAGGGCUAGGCUUGGAAGGAAGAAGAGAAAGAAGGAGAGCAGAGAAGUGGGGCAGCUGAGGAGCAAGGCUGCCACCUGGGCUGUCCUCAACCCCCAGGGCCAGGGAGGGUAGGGCUGGUCCCUGGGAAGAACUGGGUCUCAGUGCUCCCUAGGCACUGCCCAAACUGGCUAGGCCAGGAGUGGGGCAGGAAGUGAGAGACAAGGCCCAGCAAGAGGAGGGGGAGGAGCUGCAAAUUGGAGCCUGAAGGAAGAAGGGGCUUUCUCCAAGGUCACAACCUAGAAGAUAAGGCAGUGUGGAGUCUGCAAAU